AUGGCUAACGAUAACAACCAUGCCAAGCCAUUUGAAUGGUUAUCUGGUGGUCUGUUUUUUGGGAAAAAAGAUGGAAUUGAUAGCGUUGACUCGUGUAAGGACGCAUCUGUAUUACUGAAAGGCAUCGACGAAAACUUGUCGUCGAUCCUUGAUGAAAGCAUUGACACGGAGGAGCAGGAAUCGAAGGAUGAUGGUGAGAAAAAGGGUCCUUCUCCCUCGGCAUUCUUGGCAUCUCGUCUAGCAAGAUUGAGGUUUUUGUUGUACGACGAAAGAUCGCAGCAAGACAAUCGACGCCCAGUGGUUGCAACUGCAACCAUGCGGAGCCUAACCGGAGAGAAACACCGGCAGCUUAUGCCAAAACUGAUUGAAAAUCUUCAAAACUUGCCAUUUGAAAGUAGAAAGCAUGUGGCUGCGAUAUUCAACUAUCUUCUUGUCUGUGGAUUUGAGGGAGUUGAUAGGGAUGGCUAUGUUUCGAUCAUGAACACCUUUCGUGACUACGUUGGUGUUCAUUUCGAUCGAAUUCUCACAUCUAUUGUUCAAGGUCAUGAAGUCACAGUUGCAGGAUCAUCAGACAUUGGGCUUCAUUGUGGCGCCAUGUAUCGCUCUUGUUUCAAGCAUGUUGAUCUGUAUCGACGGCUGGUAUCCUCAACGGAAAAUGUCGAGAAGUACAUAUUUCCUUUUCUGGAUAAGUUUGUUCACCUUCCAAACUUUGAUGUUUCUAGUGAUGCAAUGGAGUCACUUCGAUUCGUUUUUAUUGCAGGAAGCGAUACUCAAGCUGGUGAUGAUAGUGCUCAAGGUGAAUUCGCCGACUUAGUGGCUUCGUUUCUGAUACGAGAUUACGACGCAAUAUGGGAUGCUCGCUUCAAUCUACGGUUAAUGUCUGAUGAAGCAAACUAUAUGACCAAGCGGAUUGCGCUUCAGAUUCUGUCCACUGUACUGCUGACAAGAUCGAAUUAUGCUGUGAUGAUAAAGUAUGUCAAUUCUCGAAGAAAUCUCAUUCUUGUCAUGAAGCUGCUUCGUGAUACAUCCCCGCACAUCACACUUGACGCCUUUCAUGUGUUCAAAGUGUUUGUCGCAAAUCCAAGCAAGAUCCCGGAGGUUGAAAAGAUACUUAGAGACAAUAGCGAAAAGCUCUGUGCCUAUCUUGAAACUCUGCACAAAACCAAAGAGGACUCAGACCAACAGUUUCGAGACGAAAAGGCACUAAUUAUUGCUACAAUAAGAGGGUUAUAG